ACAAUUCUAGAUUUCCUCUUGCAACAUGAAGUUCCAGAACCCUUCAUUUCGAGAGAGGCAAUAAAAAGGCAUGGGCAGAGAAGGGAGAGGGGAAAGACAACAAUUCUAGAGAAAGUCAGGAAUUUAUACAAAUUAAAAUGGUGGAUGUUGAACUGCUCUUUCCUCCUUGACAGAACUCUUCCAAUGGGCUCCCCCACAAAGGUGGCAUCCAGGUACCAUUCUUCGGAGCCUGUCUUUGGAGCAUUGGCCAGCGGAGUUAUCCAAGAUGCUUUCCUUCACAUGGCCAGGGAGAAUGAGCAGUAUCUGACCGAACUGUGCGGAGAGGCAGGCUGCUUUAAAGAGACACAGAUCGUGGAAUUUGUGUUUCUUCUAUCCGAAAAAUGGAGCCUGACUGAAUCGGCAAGAUACCAAGCCAUAGAAAUAUUUGAAAGGUUCAUGCUUACACUCAUUAAAGAGGCUUCUCAUGUCACGGGAACAAAGGAGGAAGACAGCAAGUGGGCCUCAGUGAAACAGCAGAUUGAGAGCACAUAUGUGCUGCGCCUGGUCUCUUGCAUCCAGCUUGCCAGCAAGCUGUCCUUCCAUUAUAGUAUAGUUAAUAACAACACGGUUCUGAGGUUUCUGAAGUCUUUGGGCUUCUCCUAUACCACAGAAGAACUACUGGAAUCCGAACUGGCCAUCUUGAAGGCUCUGCAUUUCCAAAUCAAUGUUCCAGCCCCUUUUGCUUAUGUUGAAAUGCUGCUGGAGGUUUUAGGGUACAAUGGCUACAUGCUGCCCACAAAACAGCUGCUUGAAAUGUGCAGACAUUUGCUGGGUUUAACGUACCUCUUGCGGAGCAGCGUUUAUGACACCUUGCUGAAGACUUCGAUUAAAAACUCCUCUCCGAAUGAGCUCCAGCUGGAAGUUCUGGGAAGUGACAAGCUAGAAAUGAAUUCAGUCUGGGCGAAGUUUCUGCCAGUGAAGGAAGAUCUCAUGCUAUUGGCCGUCGGAGUCAUUGGGGCAAGCUCUUUCCUCCUGAAUCCCGAGGGCUUGAAUCAGGUUACGGAGUACCUCAGCGACACCACAGGCAUCAGUCGGCAAGACAUUAUUGAGGCAGUCUAACGCAAUUCUGAAGCACAGCGUGGCGGCGCUGUGGGCCGACGACUAUUUUCUUCCACCUUCAUCCCCUGCCCUCCAAACAUCAUGCUGCCACAAUUCAUUUGGGGCUCUCAAAGAGAUUUGUUGUGCUCCAAAGAAACAAGGCAACCAGUUAUAUUAAAUGUGAAUGCUUACCUCACAGGCCGUUGUCCUGUUACCGGUAACCUUUUGAGAAGGCCUGGGGUGGGCACUUAAAGAGGACACUUAAAAGGGGCCUUAGGCCUACAACCAGUGAGGCCUUGCACAGUUACAACACUGGUGAAGAAACAUGGCUCCUGAGGGCAACACUGAGAUGUGUGUGCUCCCGCAACAGGAGAAGAAGUUUCUUCUGAAGGCCUCCCUGGAAGGCAGAAGUCUCAGUGUAAGUGGAUGAACUCAUUCACAAUGGAAGAGGAAACAUUAAUGC